AGCUUCGACGCCCUCUGCCCUUUUCGCUGCUGAUCCUUCAACAUGUAUAUCGUACAUCCCUUAGAUCCAGAAUCGGACAAAAGCCCGGAUUCAUACUCGCAUUACGACACGUAUCGCGACACAUCCCGUCUGUAGGAUCCCUGCUUACCUGCAUUUUGACGAGCCGAUAUAGCGCGUCUUUUUCCUUUUGUAUACAUAGCACAGCAUGGUCAGUCGCGGUGGUCGUUCAAAAGGUUGUGCAAAUUGUCGUCGCCGGCGUGUGAAAUGUGACGAAAACCGCCCCGAAUGUGGACAAUGCAUCAAGCGUGGACUCAAAUGUCAAGGGCCCAAAGACCUUACUUGGAUCAAUGAGAGUAUCACGUUUGAAAGCAAGCCAGCAAACACAACCCAGAACGCGAUCGUCAAGAUAGCGAGUCCAAACCAGCUAUCUCUCGCAGCCUUUGAAGACGAUAUCUGCUUAGCAUAUACGCGAAAAAACCUGCUACGCGGGGGGCCCGUUGAGAUAGCCUGCAACAUGAUCGAAAGCCAUGCCGUAUCCAUGAGAAGCGACGACCCUGGCCUUGAUUUAUUGCGAAAAGGUAUAGUGAGCCUGUCUACCACUUUCUUCGGUAGCCAGCAUCGACAGGGCGAUAUCACGACCAAAGGCUAUCAAAAGUAUGGUCAGGUGCUGCGGCAGCUCAAUUCACAUCUUGCUCGUACAGAGCUUCAGACGACGAACGAAACACUACUUACGGCACUGUCUUGUAUGCUUCUCGAGAUCUUCUUACCUACCGGACCGACGAACUUUCUGAAACAUCUGCGAGGUCUCGAUGCUAUUGCGAGGCUACGAGGCCCACCCAAGGAGUCUGAAGGCAUCAACGCUAUUAUCUUUCGGGGCUUGCGCAUUCUUUCCAUCGUUGGAGCACUUGCAGAAUCCAGACCUUCUAUAUAUGCGACCGAGGAAUGGAAGCAGAUUCCUUCUGCACAUUCGAACGAGUCAGGACUGUUUCAACACCACGUUUUCUCCAUUUUGGCUGACUGCACCCGCCUCAUCAGCCAGCGGAAUGCUCUACUGCGCUCGAAAGCAUCAUCGACGAGCUUUGAGCCCUUGCUUACCGAGGUGGAGGAGGUCCUUACUAACCUGGAAGCACUACAUCCGUUUUGGGAGGUUCUGAACCGGAAUCAACUAGCUGAAACGACUGAGCGAUCUGACAUGGCCAAGACACUGGGAGUGGCCAACCAUGUUUCUGCAACAGCAUUGAUGCUUUACAACACCGCAUACAUAUGCGUCAUCCAGAUCAAAGAUUCACUAUCUCCAUCGCCUGUCAACGUCGCACUGCGAAACGCCGCCGCGAUGAAAAUCGCCAAAUGCCUGGAGUUGAAAGAGUACGAGCAGCGAGAAGGUGCACCGCAAUCCAAUACUAUAGCCUUUGUAGCUAUCAAGGUAGCAUGGCAAGCCUUGGGUGGCUUCAAUUCACCGGAAGGACAGCGCUUAGCACAAACCGUCCAAUCUGCCACCAACUCCGUCUUCUCCCGAUCAACCACACUCUCGGAUGCGUCGCCCUUUGCCCAUUAUGUUGAAGAGUCGCUAUUCUCCAAGUUCCUUGGUAGGAUACCUCUUAUUGCACCAGACGGUGCGGCGUGCGUCGGCAACGAGUACGACUUGUGGCCUGACGGGCCUCCGGGCAUCAUCGAAUACAGUAUGCAACAGCUGGGCACGCCCUCGAAGUACUUUUUGGAGAAUACAGCCGUCAACGAACGCCCAGCGCCGCUCUAGUGUUGUGCAGCUACCGCAUUGAACCGGUACGAGAUUAGCAGCGGUCGACAGGAAUCUUUCCGCAAGGUGCGAUGUCGCAGUACAUUACACAAACACGCCACUCCUAAUCUACAUCAGAAGCUUUCUUAAGCCGCCUUCUGGACCUCUAUAUUAAUUUCGCGGCAUGUCACGCGGCUCCACAUGGCGUGUUUCCAAGCUUCCCCGGAUUUAGACUUUAGCCGGCGGGAAUCUGAGAAAUGAAACACGGCGAAUUCACAUCUGAACUUGCUCCGGGCG